AUGUCAGGUUGUCGUAUCCUGCUCAGCAUACUUGUGCACCCUGAUGCCAUUCAUUUCUCUGCUUCAUUUUGCCCUGGCUGCUCAUGUCCUCUAAUUGGUGCUUCUCGUCUUCGCGCCUCAACUAUUGAUCCGUGUGUUGGAGUUUCACAAUCAGAAAGAAUAGAAGCUGACGUUGCAAGGACAGGGGAAAUUUUUGUCGGCAAUUCUACUGGUUCAUCUCCUUUGAGGGAAAAUUGUCCCUUAGCUUUGGUGCAUCAUCGGCUUGCUCAAUUAUGUGAUGCACUAGACGAAGCUGGAGCGGUUAUUCUUUCACCUGCCUUGCUUUCAUCCGCUCAGAAGUUGCAACUUUGGGGCGAUGGUUUGCGAAGUUGGAUUGAUCAUUUGGAUCGUCUAUUUUCGAAAAUUGGUGAUGAGAGCAUCAAGGUUCUAACGGUCUCUAUUUUACGAAUCAGUGUUUGA